AUCAGAACUCCAUCGCCACUCAUCGAAAUUCAUCCUCAACUCAUGAUAAUCUAUCAUUCCAUUUACCAUCCAAGGGAUCUAUUGGCUUCUUCUAUUGUAAAUGAGGGUGUAGUUCAGUGAUUUCUGGCCUCGCGCAGCCCAGGCGCCGCUGCCUUCUCCUCUUUGGCAAUGCAGAUCAAUCCAGCUGCGCUGACGGGGUCAGACUCUGCCUCAGCGUCAGUCCCAUCGGCAAAACCGCCCAGUUCUUCGCAAGCGACUACCCAAAAGACUACAAAAGCGCUGAUAUCCGUCCCCCGUCUCGAUUUUGAGCCUAUAUAUACGGACCUGAAGUUAGCAGUAGGAGACCAUUGGGUCGAGUACAAGCAGGCCAUAACUCUCUUCUUACUAGGGCACUUAAACCAACAUGAGUUCUCGAGACGUGUUGACCACUUCCUGUGCGCUGAUGCCAAGCUGGAGCAUUUGCACAAUAACUUCAUAUGCUCGAUAAUCGGGAAUCUCACAAGGGACCUUCCUGAUCAUGGAGUUGCAAGUUGGGUUUCUGCAAAUGACAAACCGACGGUGGUCUCGAAACCCGCGUCGGGUGAUGCCGCUGAACAGCGACUUAAAACGGAGGUUAUGCAGCUGCAGCCCAAGGAUAGGAGGAGAUUAAAAGCCAUACCGGAACCGGAUCCCCACUCGAUACCUAACCCACUCGAGGAAUACCACCUUGCGAAGCAGAUACGUAUAGUGGAUCAAGUCCCUUCCAGUGCAGGAGGCCUGAAUACGCCAAACUGGGAGCUUGAAAUCCGAAAACGAUAUGCCCAGCCACUUGCUUCUGAAAUAGGCGAAUUCCCAGACGCUGAGUCUAUCCACGCGCGCAUGGUGCCAAUAUGCUAUGAAGAGUCCAUAACAAACGGGGCUUCGUUUCCCUGUGCAGUUUUCAUGUCCAUCGCGACUGAAAACUUUGUCAAGGAAUUCCUUUCGCACGUGUUUGCGCGAACAAGAUCGAAUGGACCAUCAGGAACCAUCAACGGCACAAUGACGAGAAGAUACCGCCAGCAGCUGGAGAAGGAAGAACUUGCCUUUGCUCGCGGAGAGUUAGUAAAGAAUACUGCCAAUGGCCUAUUACCCGUUGAAGCGAAAGAAGCUAGCACAAGGAAGCCCCUUGGUGUCCAAGAUUUGAAGUUUACACUGGGACUUGGAGGUGACUUAUUGGGCCACAUGCCGCUCAUUGUCAGCCAAAUCAUGGACGGUUACCUAGAAGGAGAGCUUGAGGCAGAACGUGACGAUUACAUCGUGGAAAUCGAGGAUGAAGAUCACGAAGUACCAGAAGACAUGUUUGAUAUAGACGAGAUGGAGAUCGAUGAUGCCGGCUGGGACUGGCAAGGCGCGACUCCUGCGGACCGAGAUCAGCUGAAUUCCGUCCUUGAUGAAUGCCUUAGCAUGGCAGCCUGAAUACCUGAUUGCCCCCUUUUUUCUCGUAUGUUUGGACUUUCAAAAUCGGUGUUGGUAAACGAUGCAUGCUGCUGGCGUAUACUGGAUGGUGGUCUCUUAUUUUUCCACAGCUUUUGCUUACAAUAUUCCCUUGGGUUGGGUUUGGGCCUGGAGUUUUCAACGAAGGGGGUUCUUAUCACUUUGCGACCUUAAUUCAGCGUGCACUCAAGGUGAAUUUUAGUGGAUUUUUUUCUUUUCUUGUAUCAUAUACUCUUACCCGGAUUCGAGGUAUUAUUUUUAUUGGAGCUUUCUUUAGAGCAGAUCCGAUUUAUCAUUCCAAUAACCACUGGAGUGUUAUGUUAUUGUUAAAUAAGAGUUAAUUUAUGAUGA